AUGAGCCCCUGGCUUUCGUCGAUGGGUGUCCGCCUGCUGCCUGCACUGCUGAUUGCUGCAGCUGCCGUGGAUCACUCCAAGUUCCGCACAUGUUCGCAGGGCUCUUUCUGCCGACGCUACCGGGCCUAUGUCAAGGAGGUUCAGAGUUCUGGCGCGCAGCUCCACUUCGUGGAUGCCGCCUCCCUCACGCAGGACAGCGCGCACGAGGUCCGGCUUCAGAUCUCGAGCCGCCACGGCGCGGGGGUGGUGGAGCCCCUUGAGCUCAAGCUGGGCUUCUUCCGCGUCCCGGAGGCCUGCGGUGUGCUCCGGAUCUCCAUCCUGGCGCCGGGGGAGAGGCGCUUCCGGCCGCGCGAGGGCGACGUGGCCCUGGUGCCGGAGGGCGGCCUGCAACCCGACCCUGUGGCGGUGCGAUCAGAGGAGGCGGCGGCCAUCAUCACCGCCGGGGAGUGCUCGGCAAGGGUGCAGUAUGACCCCUUGGAGUUGGAUCUGAUGCGUUCGGGUCGGCUGCUGCAGACCCUCAAUGCGCGACACCUCUUGAAUUUCGAGCAGCUGCGAAGCAAAGGGACGGGCGCGCGCCCCUUGAUCGAUGCCACGGACGUUGAUAGCACCUCGCUGUGGGAGGAGGAGUUCGAUGGACACGUGGACUCGAAGCCUCGUGGCCCCAUGGGCGUGGGGAUCGACAUCAGCUUCCACAAGGCCUCCUUUGCUGUUGGCCUGGCAGAGCACGCCACGCGCCUGCACCUUGCGGAGCCCCGCUUCCAGGAGCCCUAUCGCCUGUUCAACCUCGAUGUCUUCGAGUACGAGGUCGAUGUGCCCAUGGCGCUCUACGGCAACAUCCCCAUGAUCACGGCCCUGCACCAGGGGCCCGAGCCAGGCGGCUCCGCUGCAUCCGGCAUACUGCUUGUGAACCCGUCGGAAGGCUUCGUCAAGGUGGAGACGGCCAACAAUGGCACCGACACCCAGACCUGGUGGGCCUUCGAGGCCGGCAUCCUCGACUUCUUUGCUUUCCUGGGCCCGACGCCACUAGACGUGCUGCGUCAGUACCAUGCCGUCACUGGCUGGCCUCGGAUGCCGCCCCUGGCGGCCCUCGGCAAGCACCAGUCAAGGUGGAACUAUAUCACCGUGGAGGACGUGCUGGAGGUGGCCGGGAAGUUCGACGAGCACCGGAUUCCGUUCGACUUCAUCUGGCUGGACCUGGAGCACACGAACCAGAAGCGCUACUUCACCUGGGAUCCGCAGCACUUCCCCGCGGAGGGCGUGCGCAGAAUGCUGGGGGAGCUGAACAGGACGCACCGGAAGCUAGUCACCAUCAUCGACCCUCACCUCUACGCGGCCGACCCGGACUAUGCCGUGGCCGCGCGGAUGAAGGCGCAGGGCCUGAUGGUGAAGAGGCCGGGCAACGCGACGGUCCCUGCCCACGACUUCGAAGGGUUCUGCUGGCCUGGCCCCUCGAACUAUCCGGACUUCUGCGAUCCAAGAAUGCGGCGCGAGUGGGCGGAGCUGUUCGACUUUUCCGCGUAUCCCGGGUGGCCUGCCGAGAUCUAUACCUGGAACGACAUGAACGAGCCCAGUGUCUUCGACGGGCCUGAGAUCUCGCUUCCCAGGGACACCCUCCACCGCUGCCACGCCGAGGAGUUCGACAUCGAGCACCGCGAAGUGCACAACCUCUACGGCUUCUACGUGCACGAGGCGAGCACACAGGGGCACCUGCUGCGCGCGCCCGGCCAGCGCCCCUUCGUCCUUACCCGGUCCUUUUUUGCGGGCUCCCACCGUCACGGGCCGGCUUGGACAGGUGACAACAUGGCCAACUGGAAGCACCUGGAGAGGUCUGUGCCCAUGCUGCUGUCCCUGGCUCUGUGCGGAUACUCCAUGGUGGGUGCCGAUGUGGCUGGCUUCAUGGGCGAUCCCGACCAGGAGCUCUUCGUGCGGUGGCACCAGCUGGGGGUGUGGUAUCCGUUCUACCGCGCGCACGCGCACCUCACGACGCAGCGGCGCGAGCCUUGGAUGAUGGGCGCCAGCGUCAUGGGCAAGGUGCGCAAGGCCGUGCUGACCCGAUAUCGGAUGCUGCCCACCUGGUACACCCUCACGGCCGAGUGGUCCCUGGCCGGCGCACCCAUGAUCCGGCCCAUCUGGUACCACGACCUGGAGGAUGCUGGGGCCUUCCAGCACGCGGACACGCACUUCCUGGUGGGAGAGUCCAUCCUCGUCCGGGCCCCGGCCGAGAACGCCAAGUCGGUGAUGGUCUACCUGCCGGGGACCCGCCCUUGGUUUGAUUUCUGGCAGCCACGGAUCCAUUCGCCCGGGAAGGCCUUCAAGGUGACCCUGAGCAAGAGCCACGUGCCGGUCUUCGUCCGCGCUGGCAGCUGCCUCGUCCAGCGCUCCCGGCCCCGGCGCAGUACCGGGGCCAUGGCCCGGGAUCCACACACGGUGGUCUGCUACGCCGACGCGGAAGGGCGAGCCGCCGGGAGGGUGUACUUGGAUGACGGCGCCAGCCAUGCAUACCACACCGGGGCCUAUGUCUUCGACGAGAUCUCCAUGGCGGGGUCCGCCCUUUGGAGCGCCCCGGGCCGGUUUCUGGAUCCGGGGGCCGCCUUCCGCGCGGCCGCGCCCGCGGCCUCCCUGGAGAGGUCCAUGCCAGAGGUCUCGGAGACGGCUCUGCGCAUCGAGCGCCUCGUGCUCGUCGGCUUGGACUCGGCCCCGCAGGCGAUCUCAAACGCCGGCACCGAGCUGGCCUUCCAGGUGGAGCAGAUGAUCGACUCGGCCUUGAAGGUGGUGACCAUCAAGGAACCCCGAGCGAAGCUCGGCGCCUCCUGGCGCGUAGACCUCCGCUUUGCAGCGUAG